GACAUUCUAGUGUUGGACGAUACUCCUCUCUUUCUACUGAGGCUGUGUGUGUGUGUGUGUGUGUGUGUGUGCGGGCGGCUCAGGAUGAACUCCAGUGUGUGGAACGCGUCGGGCGUGACGAACGCGUCGGGCGUGCACGCGGUGGCGGCGGCGGGGGGGCGCUGCGUGCGUGACGUGAGCGUGACGGCGGUGGUGUUCCCGGUCCUGUACGGCGUGCUCCUGGUGGCGGGGCUGCUCCUCAACGCGCUGGCGCUCUGGAUCUUCACACACAUCCGCUCCUCCAGCACCUUCCUGGUCUACCUGAAGAACCUCCUGGCGGCGGACCUGCUGAUGGCGCUCACCCUGCCCGUCAAGCUGCUGUCGGACGCGGGCGCGGGGGGGUGGCGCCUGCGGGCACUCUACUGUCGCUACACGGCCGUGCUCUUCUACGUCAGCAUGUACAUCAGCAUCCUGCUGCUGGGCCUCAUCAGCCUGGACCGCUACCUGAAGGUGGUGGCGCCGUUCGGCCGCUGCGCGCUGCAGAACGUGCCCGUGGGCCGGGCCAUCUGCGCCGGCGUCUGGGCCACCAUGCUGGCGCUGGCGCUGCCCAACAUGUUGCUUAGCAACCAGCUGCCCAAUCAGGAGCCCCAGGGCAAACUCAAGUGCAGCGCCAUCAAGAGCCCCACCGGACUGCUGUGGCACGAGGGUUUUAACUACUUCUGCCAGGUGCUGUUCUGGGGAACGCUGCUCCUCAUGGUAGUGUGUUACAGUUUCAUCAGCAGGAAAGUCUACCAGUCAUAUCGCACCUCACAGAGCAACUCACGCGCAGCCAGCCGGAGGACUAAAGCAAAGGUGUUCGUGGUGGUGUGUGUGUUCUUCGUGUGUUUCGCCCCGUUCCACUUCGCGCGCGUGCCCUACACCCUGAUGCAGACGCGCGGGCGCAGUGGCGCCCCCUGCUGGGCGCAGGAGGUGCUGUACGUGGCCAAGGAGAGCACGCUGUGGCUGUGCACCGCCAACAUGUGCCUGGACCCGCUCAUCUACGUCUUCCUGUGCCGCGUCUUCCGCCGCAGGCUGACAGCCACUCUCAGCCGCAAGCCCCUCCCCCCCGCCGCCCUCGGCUCACCCAGCGAAACCUCCACACGCCACGACACGCCCAGCAUCCACAGGCCCCUCCCCCUUAGCAGCAAGGACACGCCCAGCAUCCACAGGCCACUCCCACUUAACAGCAGGACCAGCGCCAACGACAACAUUGUUCUGAGCAACACACACACCAUCACACAGUGAGCAUCCCACAGCAGCCCAGGCUGACACACUCACUCUCA